AUGUCUUCACCUCCUCGCGUCCUUCUUCUACUAGGCGCCGGAUCCAACCUCGGGGCCAAAAUAGCGCAGACCUUCUCGACAGCAGGCUACAAGGUCGCGCUCGUGGCCCGAUCACUGGACGAAGGUCCUCAACAGCAGAGCGGACAUCACCAUAUUCGAGCAGACCUCAGCAAUCCCGACUGCAUCCCGGAAGUGUUUGAGAAGGUGAAACUCCACGUCGGCAUUCCCAGCGUGGUAGUGUACAAUGCCGUGCAGUACACCCUCGACGACCCGGCGGACCCGUUCGCCUCGCUCAUGCCGGAGAAGGUGUCUCAAUUCCACACGGCGAUGGCGGUCAACGGCACGACGCCUCUGAUCGCCAUGGCUCAUGCCGUUGCUUCGUUUCGCAAUCUGCCGGCCGAGAUGCCCGGGAGGACGUUCAUUUUUACAGGAAACAUACUCAACCGGUCUCCGUUCGUGAACCGGUUCUGCUUCGGCUGCGCGAAGGCAACCUGUGCUUAUGGGAUUCACUUCGCUUCGGUGAUCUACGCGAAGGAGCGAAUCAGGUUCUACUACGCGGAUGAGCGCACGGUGGCGGGAUUGCCUGUCAUGCGAGAAAUUGACGGUCCCGCCGCGGGAAAGGUCUAUCUGGAAAUUGCAGAAUGUGCUGAACGGCGGGCCUGGCACUACACGUAUACCAAGGAUGGGGAGUAUAGGGAUUUUGGAGAGGCCGACUAUCUGCAGAUCAGAGAGGGUGGGCCUGGAUUGUCGAGGGGCGGAAGAAGUUGA